AUGAAGAACACUCUCAUUGCUGCCUCGACGCUGGCCCUGGCCGGAUAUGUCGAGGCUGUACCCUCAGUUACGCGUGCAGAAGCUCUUUGCUGUAGUGAGUUGGCCCAGUCUCUUCCGGGCACAUUUCACGCUCCCAACAGUACCGCCUACAACACCUUGAUCAACGCUCGGUGGUCAGGCACCUCAGUCCUACACCCAGGCUGUGUUGUGGCCCCCAAGUCCGCCACCGAUGUCUCCAAGGCCAUCAAGAUCAUCUCUAAGAACCAGUGCCAGUUUGCCGUCAGGGGAGGCGGCCACAACGCCAACCCGGGCGCCAACAGCAUUGACGGCGGCGUCUCCAUCGACCUCACAUACCUCAACUCGACUGCGUUGGCGGACGACCGUUCGUACGUCAGCAUCGGCGCGGGCAUCACGUGGGGCGAGGCCUACGACGCCUUCAACAGCAGCAACAUCGGCUUCACGGGCGGCAUCUGCGAGGACGUGAGCGCCGGCGGCGUCAGCCUUGGCGGCGGCCAGUCGCUGUUCCAGCCCAAGCGCGGCUGGGCCAUUGACAACAUCAUCGACUACGAGGUCGUUCUGGGCUCGGGCGAGAUUGUCCAUGCCAACACCACGAGCAACCCAGAUCUGUUCAAGGCGCUCAAGGGCGGAAACACAAACUUCGGCAUCGUGACGCACCUUAAGCUCGAGGCCUUUGACUUUGACGGGCUCUGGGGAGGCGAGGUCUUUGUGAGCCUCAAUGGGCCGCAGGCCACGUACUCGCAGGUGCAGGACCAGAUGAGCCAGGCCAUUGUCGACUUCACGGCCAACAACCACCUCGACACGGACACGGCCGUGCAGCUGAUGACGGUGUAUCUGGCUGGUGGCCAGGGCCAGAUUGUCAACGCGGCGUUUGGCAACACGAUUGGGCAGGAGAAUCCGCCUUCUGUAGAGGCGUUCAUGAACAUGCCCAAUCAGGUGAAGAACGAGGUCGGGCCCAUCAAGCUUGCCGACUUUGUGCACAAGGUCAGCGAGUUCCAGGCCAAGGGAUACCGGCAAGUUACCUCCAGCAUCACCUUCACAAACGACUACGCCACCGUCCGUGAGAUCUGGGACGCGACAGACGCCAUCUACAACGACCUCCCCCAGAAGGACCAGGUCGACUGGAUGAUCUCGUUUAUCCCCCAACCCCAGGUCCAGCAGACUUUUGCUGCGAAAAACGGCGGCAACAGCCUUGGGCUGACCGAUGCCCCUGACCAGAUUGUUGUCUGGCUCACUUCCCGCUGGACCGAUCCCUCCCUCGACCAGAUGAUGUAUGACGCUCGCGACAAGUUCGUCACCGCCACCGAGACCGUCGCCAAAGCUCACGGAACGUACCACCCUUUCCUGUACAUAAACUAUGCCUCUCCCACGCAGAACCCGCUCUGUGGAUAUGGCGCCGAGAGCGUCAAGUUCCUGAAGGCUGCUGCGGCAAAAUAUGAUCCGGAGGGGGUGUUCCAGAAGUUGAUGCCUGGUGGGUUCAAGCUGAGCAAGGUUACUUGCUAG